AUGUCGCUCCUAAAGCUGCUCGACUCUUCGAUAUUGAUUUCUCAAGGGGCUGAGGCAAAAGUCUUCAAGGCUCAUCUGACAUCGCCGUCAUCGAAUCCUGUAUUGAUCAAGUAUCGCUUCCCAAAGAAAUAUCGACAUCCUGUACUUUCAGCUCAGCUCACGCGAGCCCGCAUCACAUCAGAGGCAAGAGCCUUAGCACGUUGCGUCCGCAGUGGCGUUAGAGUUCCAGAUGUUCGACUUGUGGAUCUUGAGUCCGGGAUCAUUGCUAUGGAGUGGAUAGACGGCAAGAGCGUGCGAUUCUUGCUCGGAGAUGAUGAGGACGAGACGGAAAGUGUGCUGAUCGACAACCAAGGGCUGGAAACCUACGGCAUCUCUCAAGAGCAGUUAAUGUCGAUGAUUGGCCAAACACUUGGACGAAUGCACAAAGCCGAUAUUAUCCAUAGUGAUCUCACGACGUCAAACAUGAUGCUCACUCGCAGUAGUGGCUCACCAGAGCUGGUCAUGAUUGAUUUUGGCCUCUCGUUUCAGUCUGGGCUCGUAGAAGACAAAGCGGUCGACCUCUACGUACUAGAGCGAGCCUUUACAUCUACGCAUCCUGCUUCAGAACAGUUAUUCGAAGCCGUCCUCAGCGCGUAUGCGUCGGAACUUGGCACCAAGGCAUGGGCCGCUGUGAAGAAGCGACUAGACGACGUACGAUUGCGUGGGAGAAAGCGAAACACCGCCAUGUCGCUCGACUCUCAACAUUUUUGGCUCCUGGGCUCCGCUGGUGCUGUCUCAGGAGCUUUUCUAUAUCUCUAUGCUGGAUAUAGGAGAACUUUACGGGCAUAUCAAGGCACACCUGGCCUUAAGACGGUCCUCUCCGUUUCGGCGCCGAUAAUGAACGUGCUCCCACAGAUAAAGGCCGGCCCUUUUGGCGACUGGUGGUUUAAUAUUGGAGCCCAAUGGUGGUUCAGCGUCAAACAUGACUGCUUCCAAAAAGCGGGUCAGGACAUCAUUUCGAAUAUCUCUCUUGACAACUUUGGCCCUGUAUUUAUUGUUGCCGACGCCGAGGCUACUCAGGAAAUACUUGGCAAUCGGGUCCGCUUCCCCAAGCCAACCGAGGUCUACUUUAUCCUCGAGUUGUACGGACGGAAUGUGGUCACGACGGAGGGUGAUAUAUGGCGUUCUCAUCGUAGAAUUGCAGCCCCCAGCUUCUCGGACAGCAAUAACCGGCUCGUUUGUCAGGAAACUGGAGUUGUCGUGAGCUCCCUCUUUGAACAGUGGAAAGAUAAAGAGAAAAUACAUUAUGACAACGUCAACGACCUAACCAUGUCGUUAACCCUCAUGGUCAUUUGCUCUGCUGGCUUUGGGGUUCACGUUCCCUGGGAAGAUGAGGCUGCUCCUUCAGGACACAGACUGACAUUCAAGUCGGCCGUCAGGGGAGUUUCCGAUGGCCUUAUGCUGAAGAUUGGGGUUCCUGAUAAGAUUAUGCCUUGGUUCAAGCGCACAGCCCACAUUCAAGAGGCAUUUGAAGAACUACAUCAAUAUAUGAAGGAAAUGGUCAAAGAGCGUUCCAAGAGUUAUCGCGACUACAGUGACCUAUUCAGCAACCUCAUCGAGGCCAACGAGGCUGAGGAAGGACAGAAGCUAACCAAUGAGGAACUCAUUGGAAACAUCUUCAUCUUCCUGAUUGCUGGUCACGAAACAACUGCACACACCCUUGCAUUCUGCCUCGGGCUCCUGGCGCUCUACCCGGAGGUCCAAGAAAAGCUUUAUAAACACACGGUAGAGCACGUCGCAGAUGUCCACGGGAUUCCAACAUAUAGUGAACUACCUAACCUGACCUAUCUGGAGGCCGUCUUCAAUGAGUCUUUGCGAUUGUUUCCUCCGGUCACUAUUAUCCCGAAACGCAGCGCAUUCGAUACUACUCUGCGGACGGUCAAUACUAAAGGCGAGCCGGUGGUCGUACCUAUUCCAAAGGGCGCCAUAUUCAAUAUCGCCACCGCUGGUAUCCACUAUAACCCGCGUUAUUGGAAAAAUCCACACGAGUUUAAACCAGAGCGGUUCCUAGGGGAUUGGCCAAAGCACGCAUUUGUUCCCUUCUCUAUGGGUGCGAGGUCAUGCAUCGGUCGCAGGUUUGCGGAAAUCGAAAUGCUGGUUGCUCUCAGCCAGAUUGUCCGGAAUUAUCGUCUUGAGAUCAAGGUGGACCCGAAAUUCGCAGACGAGAGCUUUGAGGACAGGCGGAAGCGUGUGCUCGCAGCGCACGACGCGAUCACUUUGACUCCGGAUGGCAUCCCUGUCACCUUUAUCAAGCGUCAUUGA